AUAAGCACAUCAAAAUCAAACCCAGUUGCCACCUCGUUAAAAUAACAUUUAAUAUAAAAAGCCUUAAAACAGCUGUUACCGUCAGCCAUGUUUAGUACACUGCGAAGGUCAUUUAACAUUGGUAUAAAUAGUAUUUUUUGGAGGAAAUCUAAAGCCGGCCCAAGCGCACAAUUUCCCUCCUUGCAGUAUUCCAAUUGCAAUAUGUCGAAGACCGCGUUGAUAAUAUUGGCUCCCGGUGCCGAGGAAAUGGAAUUCACGAUUGCCGCUGACGUGCUGCGUCGUGCGGGCAUUGCUGUCACAGUUGCAGGUCUGAAUGGUCCGGACCCAGUGAAGUGUUCCCGUGACAUUGUUAUAUUACCAGACACAUCACUAGAGACUGCAGUGGCCCAGAAGUAUGAUGUUGUUGUGCUGCCAGGUGGCCUUGGGGGAUCCAAGGCGAUGGCUGAUUCACAAAUAGUGGGCGAGCUAUUGCGUGCGCAGGAGGGCGAUGGACGUUUCAUCGCAGCUAUUUGCGCUGCCCCAACAGCUUUGGCGGCUCAUGGCAUUGCCUGUGGUAAAACUCUUACUAGCUACCCAGCGAUGAAAAAGCAAUUGGAAGACAAGUACAGCUAUGUCGAUGACAAGAAUGUUGUCCAGGAUGGUAAUCUCAUAACUAGUCGUGGUCCCGGUACAGCCUAUGACUUUGCGUUGAAGAUUUCGGAACAAUUGGUCGGUGCUGAAAAGGUGCAGGAGGUGGCAAAGGGGAUGCUUUUGACUUAUUCUUAAGCAAAAAAAUACUUGUAGUUGGUCAAAGCAAAAACUGCGGUAUUCGCUAGUCGAACAUUUAAUAUUGUAUUGAACAAAUAUUAAUAUACAUAUAUACAGGUAAAAAGUAUA